AUGAAUGGAUAUUUCUCCCACAAACACAGCUCAGUGGUACAGGCGCGGGAGGUGCGUGAGGCCACUACACCGUCUGUACCGCAGGGCACUUUGAUGGAGGAGGUGAUGGAGGAGGUGAUGGAGGAGGUGAUGGAGGAGGUGAUGGAGGAGGUGAUGGAGGAGGUGAUGGAGGAGGUGAUGGAGGAGGUGAUGAGGAGGUGA